AUGUCUCCCAGUUAUAUGCCGGUUAAUGUAUUUUCAGCAGAUGAUAUAGGGAGAAACGAUUCAAAAGCACUUUAUGAUGAUGUGAUUCAAAACAGUAUAUCCAAUGGCUCAAUAACUGAUGCUUUAGGUACUAUGAUUUUUCACAGGUCUAUGAUGAACCGGUAUCUCUGCAAAAAUUACCUAGCUAAUGAGAUUUUAUCAGGUCUUGUCCAAGAAAAUUUUCAAAAGCGCCGAAGUGAUAUUUUGCCAAAUAUAUUUUCGGACGAGUUUAUGGCAAGGAAUCGUCUACACCAUGACGGAAGAUCAUUGUUGUACGAUAGUUGGUUAUCAAGGGACAACGAUUUACGGAGCAGUUUAGAUUCUACAGAUCGAUUAGGAUACGAAGAGGAACAUAUUGGAGAACAUGAUCCAGUUAUAAUUAGUUAUCCUCCGAAGUAUCAAGUGCAUUAUAAAGAUGACAAGACUCAUGAAUUAUCGGAUAUAUUUGAGAUUGCUUUAACUGCUGUAGCAUUCUUAUCGUUUGGAAUGUUUGUAGUACAUUUGGUUAUGAGUAUUUCUUCAUUGAGCAAUCAUGCUACGACUCGCCCAAGUAUUAUGAUGCCGAUGAGUAUGAGUCCAACUGCCACAGGGCCAGUUCCCGCAAAUUCUAACACUGGAAGUGGAGGCACAAGUAUUGGAUCUGGUAAUGGAUUAAAUAACCCCGAACCCGGCAAUACAGGUGAUGGUGUAUCAGACACCGGUACCGGUGGGUCGGAUAAUGGUUAUGGCGAAUCAGAUACUGGUGAUAGUGGGUCGGAUAAUGGUGAUGGUGCGUCAGACACAGGUGAUGGAACAUCCGAUACAGGUGAAGGUAGUGAAAAUACCGAUACUGGAAAUAAUGACGGUGCUGACGAAGAAUCAAAUUCUACAGGAUCAGCAGAAGACGAUGACGAAACUGAUAUGGAAGAUAGUACUGACAAUGAUAGGUUCAGUUUCAGGUUAAAACGUGACAUACCUCUAAUUAUAAAUACUGAUCAAAUUGCUUUGAAUGAGAUGACCAAAAGGAUAAUGAGUUCCAUAGAUGCUGCAUUAGUUACAAAUGUUAGUAACAAUGAUUGUCUAGAAAAGGCAAUAUGUUUAAGCAAUAGUUACUCUCAAACGUUGAAGUAUUUUAAUAAAUUAAUAUUGCCGGUAUGGAAUCUAGGAAUGAGCUGGAUUCUAAAAGAUAUUUCCAAUAAUAAACUAUUUAUAAUAAAAGGAUUAAAAGCUGCAAUACUAGGCCUAGGAAACGGAAAUUGUGACACGAUAUAUCAAAAAUGCGAAAUGAAGAGAAUAAGGAGAUCAAUAGAAAAUAGGAAAUAAAAAAUAAUAAUUUUCAAUAAUGCAUUCUUACUGCAUAUUAUAUGCAUAUGGCAUAUCGCACUAAAGUGCUAAAGCGAAUGGUCUCUCACUUGUUGGUUUUGUUAGCUAACACUUAAAUAAGCCUUAAAGUUUAAUUUUGUCUCAAUAUUA